AUGAAACUUACACACACCAUUAUAUUUUCUCUUCUCCUCUUGGCUGUUUGUACCGUCGCCAAACGACUGCCAACUCACGAGGUUUUGCCUGCACCAGUCCUUAUUCAUCCGGUCAAAGGCAAUCCUAAUAAAUAUAUUGCGGAAAGCGUGUGGUAUGGCAACGGAUAUUCGGAUGAUGAAAAAGUUGAUGCAAUAUUCAAAUGCAAGCCUCCUGUUGUGGUUAACGCUACUAGUCAGCCCAUGGUAUUCAAUGAUCGUAGAGCUUUCUUUGAGUUGACCGUUCCUGACAGCCUUUUCUCAUAA